AUGAAUUUCCUUCCUUAUUUUAUCUUACUUGCUUUUAUACAUGCUAAUAUGCCUAAAGAAUUGGCCUAUGAACCAUGGGAAUCACACUUAGCUGCUGCUGCUGAUAAAGGGUCUGGAUCAAAUCCGAGCGGGUCCUCGUCAUCAGGUAAUAAGAAAAAAGACGAGAAACCACCUGAGGAUAAGAAAAAGGAAAAACCGAAAGAUGGUGGCAGUGGUGGUGGUAGCGGUGGUGGUAAACCCUCCGGGAAUGAAGAUCCCGCCGAUAGCAAAGGAUCUGAAGGCGGAGAUAACCCCAACAAGGAUAAAGGUUCGCAAGGGAACAAAGGUCCUGAAGACGACAAACAGCCUGAGGAAAAGCCCGAGGAUGAGGAGAAGCCUAAAGACGAGGAAAAGCCUAAAGACGAGGAAAAGCCUAAAGACGAGGAAAAACCCGAAGAUGAGGAAAAACCCGAAGAUGAGGAAAAACCCAAAGAUGAGGAAAAACCCAAGGAUGAUAAAAAGCCUAAGGAUGAUAAAAAAUCUGGUGAUCAAGGAGGUGGUAGCGAAGAAGGCAAAGGCUCAGGUGUCCUAUGGAAUAGCUGUUGUGGCGAUGAUAUUGGUUUAGAAGGAGGAAACCCUCAAGCAAAUCAAAAUGGUAUGAAUGCUGGAAUGCCUGAAAUUGUCAUUUCUUUGAAACACGCCAAGGAUGAGAACAAGGAGCAGGUUAAAUAAACCAACGAGAACUGUGG